AUGCCGCUCGUCCCCGCCCUUCGGCCUCGGCGCCUUCCGUGGCGCGCCCCUAUGACAUCACUGCACGGCCACCCCCCUCGUGAGUGGAAGCCUAAGAAGCCGGAGGGGUCCCUCGCCCUCGGACAGGGAGAGACUCUGGUUCGCGGAUCGCGUCUUCUCAGGGGAAACGUGUCCCCACUGGGCCACCGUCGCGCCGCAGGAGGCGCCGUCCCUCCCUCCUUCCUUCUCCGGCUGUUGCCAAGGAGCGCCGGGCUGUUGCGCGCGCGCCCUCCUGCCGUCAAGCGCGGCGCGGCCGUCAAGCGCGGCCGGCCGUCGCGCUGGUGGUGCGGCGCUCGGCGGGGCAGGGGGGGCGUCCGGGGCCGGGCGCGGCGGGGGCGGGAUGUCGUGUGCGGGCCGCCGGCGGGCUCGGGCGACUCGGGCCCCGGGUCGUCUCCGCUGCCGCUGCUGCACCCGCGGACGGGGCGGCUGGUGACGCUGUCUCGGGGCGGGCGGAGCGCGGCGCGGUCGCAGCCGGGCCAGGAGUUCAACCACGGGCUGGUGCUCAGCCGGGAGCCCCUCAGCCCCGGAGCCGUCUUCACCGUCAGGAUCGACAGGAAGGUGAAUUCCUGGAGCGGCUCCAUUGAAAUCGGGGUAACCACCUUGGACCCCAACCUCCUGGACUUCCCUAGCAGUGCCACCGGCCUGAAGGGCGGCUCCUGGAUCAUCUCCGGCUGCUCGGUGCUGCGGGAUGGCCGUUCCAUCUUGGAGGAGUACGGGCAAGACCUGGAUCAGCUGGGCGAGGGUGACCGGGUGGGCAUCCAGCGCACGGCCAGCGGAGAGCUGCGACUCUGGGUCAACGGGCAGGACUGUGGCGUGGCGGCCACUGGCAUCCCCCUCCGGGUCUGGGCUGUGGUCGACCUGUACGGAAAGUGCACCCAGAUCACCGUGGUGCCAAGUAACGUGGAGGAGGCAGAAGAAAUGGCUGCGAAUGAUGAAGCGCUGGACUUCCCUUGCAAUCAGAACCGGCCUGAUAAAUUCCCCAACAGUCUGGAAUCAGAGAAUGGAUUUUCCAGCAUGGAGCUGUCCGAGGUGGUGAGCAACGCCAUUUUGUCAGCAUACAACGGGAACCUGCUGAACGUCAGCCUGGGCAGCCCGCCCUCGGACUCCGCCCCCUGCGGGGCCCCGCCCAUGACCUCCAACGACGCCCUCCUCUUCCACGAGAAGUGCGGGACCCUCAUCAAGCUCAGCAACAACAACAAGACCGCCGAGCGGCGGCGCCCCCUGGACGAGUUCAACAACGGUGUGAGUCAUGACCAAUGUCGCCCGCUCUUAGCUUGCUGACUGCUUGAGAUGUUUAAGAUCCGUAUUGACAAGUUGGUGGACAAAUGGUCAGGAUCCAUAGAAAUCGGCGUCACCACACACAACCCCAACAACCUGGAGUACCCGGCCACCAUGACCAACUUGCGCUCAGGAACGAUCAUGAUGAGCGGCUGCGGCAUCCUGACCAACGGGAAGGGGACGCGGAGGGAGUACUGUGAGUUCAGCUUGGACGAGCUGCAGGAAGGAGACCACAUCGGCUUGACCCGGAAGUCCAACAACGCCCUUCAUUUUUACAUCAAUGGUAUUGAUCAAGGUGUGGCCACCAAUCUGACCCCCCUGGUGGUCUAUGGUGUGGUGGACCUUUAUGGAAUGGCUGUGAAGGUGACCAUUGUGCACAACCACAACCACAGCGACCGGCUUCGGCGUAACAACGCCAUCAUGAGAGCCCUGUCGCCAGAUGUGGGACGCCGUGCCAUCGAGGCCGGGAACGAACCGGAGCCGGAGCGCCUGCUUUUCCAUCCAAACUGCGGGCAGAAAGCCGCCAUCAUCAACGAGGGACGGACCGCUUUACGGCCCCACGCCACAGAUGAUUUCAACCACGGAGUAGUCCUGAGCAACCGGCCGCUGCGGAACGGAGAGGUCUUCCAGGUGCGCAUCGACAAGAUGGUGGACAAGUGGGCAGGCUCCAUUGAGAUCGGCGUCACCACCCACAACCCCACUUACCUGCAGCUCCCUUCCACCAUGACCAACCUGCGAUCAGGCACCUGGAUGAUGACAGGAAACGGGGUGAUGCACAAUGGAACGACCAUCUUGGACGAAUACGGCCACAACCUGGACCGCCUGAAGGCAGGUGACACAGUGGGCGUGGUGCGCAAGGAGGACGGGACGCUGCACUUCUUCGUCAAUGGGGUGGCGCAGGGCCCUGCGGCGUGGAACGUCCCGCCAAACAUCUAUGCGGUCGUGGACCUGUAUGGGCAAGCGGCCCAAGCCACCAUAGCUGACGACACAGAUCUUCUGCCUCUUCCGGAUGACCUGUCGGAGGGAAACAACCAGCUCUCUCCCAGCAGUCCGUCUUCCGUGGCUUCCGGGAGCGACCUGCGAUUCCACCACCUCCACGGCAACAACGCGGUCAUUACCAACGGGGGACGCACGGCGCUGCGCCAGAACUGCCGUAGCGAAUUUAAUGACGCCAUUGUCAUCUCAAACCGGCCUCUCCGAGAUGGAGAACUGUUCGAAAUCGCAAUUCAGAAGAUGGUGGAUCGCUGGUCAGGCUCCAUCGAGGCAGGCGUCACCGCCAUCCGUCCAGACGACCUGGAGUUCCCCAACACCAUGACAGACAUUGACUACGACACGUGGAUGCUGAGCGGCACCGCCAUCAUGCAGGACGGCAACACCAUGCGCAACAAUUACGGCUGCGACUUGGAUUCGCUGACCACGGGGUCACGCAUCGGCAUGAUGCGCACAGCCAAGGGGGACUUGCAUUACUUCAUCAACGGUGUCGACCAGGGCGUGGCCUGCUCGGGGCUGCCUCCAGGGAAGGAGGUCUAUGCUGUGGUAGAUUUGUACGGCCAGUGUGUCCAGGUGUCCAUCACCAGCGCCACAGGACCCAUGGACAACAGCCUGUCCACCAGCAACAUCACCGAGAAAUCCUUCCCCAUCCAUUCGCCAGUGCCUGGCGUGGCCCACCGCUUCCACGGCAGCUGCGGCAAGAACGUGGCUUUCCAGAACGAUGGGUGUCGGGCCGUGCGCGUGGCUGGGUACUGUCACGGCAUUGUCUUCAGCAUGAAAGAGUUGAAGACGGACGAAGUCUUUGAGGUGAAAAUCGACGAACUGGACGAGAAAUGGUCCGGCUCGGUCCACGUGGGGCUGACCACCUUCCUGCCCUUGGACGCGCCUUACGUGGCCACGGGGCUGCCCUCCACGGUCCUGGAGCUGCGCUCCAAGGUGACCUGGCUGGUGAUGGGCUCCGAGGUGCGGCGCAACGGCAUCCUGCAGAAGCAGAACUACGGCUGCUCCCUGGAGCGCCUCGGGGUGGGGAGCCGCAUAGGCGUGAAGCACUGCACGGACGACACCAUGCACAUUCUGAUCGACGGAGAGGACAUGGGGCCUGCAGCGACGGGAGUAGCGAAGAACGUCUACGUGGUUCUGGAUCUGUACGGCCGGGUCACGUCGGUCUCCAUCGUCAGCUCCAGCACGUUGGAAGAGGCGGACGGCACCAAACCUCCCUCGGUCACUUCGGAGCCGUUUAGUGAAGAGGAGGAGGAGGAGGAGCACGUGCCGUGCGAGAACGAAGUGCCGCCAGUGACGUCCUCGAUGCAGUUCCUGGAGAACCACGGCAAGAACAUCCUGCUCUCCAACGGCCACCUGACGGCCACCCGUGUCUCCAGCUACAACCAGGGCAUCGUGGUGGUCGCUCAGCCCCUCCCUCCCCAACAGCUCUUCCAGUUUCAGAUCGAUUCCCUGAAUCCUCAGUGGACCUCCUCGCUCUCCCUGGGGGUCAUCGGCAGCUGUCCGGAGCGACUCAACUUCCCCGCCGCCGCCUGCUCCCUGAAGCGCUCCACGUGGCUGCUGCAGCGUGACUCCGUCUUCCACAACUCCCUCAAGAUUGCGGAGAACUACGGCCCCAACUUGGACACUUGCCCCGAAGGGACGGUCCUGGGCCUUCUGGUGGAUUCCAGCAGCUGCCUCCACCUCUACGUCAACGGGAUGGACCGGGGGGUGGCUGCGCAAGACAUCCCCAGCCCCUGCUACGUCUUCAUCGACCUCUACGGGCAGUGUGAACAGGUCACCAUUGUCACAAAAGACACUCCUGCCGUGGGAGCAGAAGGCGCUGACCCCCACAGCCAGGGGGACAUGGAGAAAGCAGACGUGGUGGACGGUAUCAAGGAAAGUGUCUGCUGGACACCCCCAGUGGACAUGAAUACCUUGAAGACCUGUGAAUACCACGCCCUUUGUGCUCGCUUCAAGGACCUCCUUCUUCUUCCAGAUGAUUAUUUUGUGGAAGAUCCCAAGUUCAGCCUCUGCUAUUGUGAGUCCUGCCACAAGCUCCGGGGAGAUGAAGCUUACUACAAGCGAGGGGAUCCUCCUCGGGAUUACGCCCUGCCUUUUGGGUGGUGCCGCUUUAGCCUCAGAAUCAACCCCCGGCUGGAGGUAGCCAGUACCUCUAAGAAAUGGCACAUGGCCUAUCACGGGACGAGCAUUGGUGCAGUUCGCCGCACCUUGGAUCAAGGCGAGUUAGUGCCAGGGAGCGUGUCCAUCUUGAGCUGCCGCCCGGUCAAGGCAGACCCGCAGGGUGGUGGUGGAGGCGGCGGCGGCGGCGGGGGCAGCAGUGGCGGGUACCGCGAGGCCGAGGAGAACAGCUCCCAGAGCCGUGAGGAUCUCUUGCGGGUGCUGCUGUCUCCCACCCUGCGCUACGCUGGGCUGGAGCCGUUUGCCACCAAAGUGCAAUUUAAAGACCCAAAGUCCCACCGACAGCACGCGGCUCAGAUCGCCUUCCAGGUCUGCGUGCGCCCCGGCUCCUACAAAGUGUGCCCCCAGUCCCUGGCCGUCUCGGAGCCGUUGGACCCCCGCUUCAACAGUGCAGAGAUCGAAUGGGUCACCAAGGAGAAGGGGGCGACGGUCUUGAACGGGCUUCUGGUCCGCGUGGAGUGAGACUGCCUCGCCUGCCCCCGUCCACGGUGGCGGUGGUUGAUAAUGAUGCCACAACACGCAGGGAGGGGUGGCUUUGGCCAGACGACCCUCCCCCACCUGCCUUCCUACGCACAGCCUGGGGCGGAGCUUGCGAGCUGCAAAGGUUUUACUGCUAAGACCAACGGGCACAAGAGACCUCGCCGGGAAGGGGGCCGCACCUUCCGGGGGGGCCAGCCGUGGCUUUGCCCCUUUUUUUCUUUUGCACAGAAACAAGAAAAGCUAAAGGUUUUUUUGGGGGGGUGGGGGGUGUUGAGAUGAGCCCCGUGUUUGAGAGCAUGAAGGCUGGGAGGGGGGAUUUGGGGAUGGGAGGGGAUUUUUGGUGCCACAGAACAACUUGACAGAACUUUGAACUAUGGGAACUCUUUCUGGGACAGCUGAGGGUUUCUAUAAUGAUGACACCCCCACCUCCCCCCGCCCAUGUACUUGACCUCCUUUUCCAUGUGCCUCGUUGCCUGCAUCUGUUGGGAGUGAAUUUGGAUGAAGGUGUGUGGAGGGUGGGGAGGGAACAGUGGGGCUGCACUAAGGGGUGAGACAUUUCAGAAUUUGAGGCCUUUGGGCUGAAUCUGUCGACAUUUGGAAGGCCGGGGGGGAGGGGCGGGGGGUUGUUCCCGCCACCCCUCCUGGAAGAGAGCACAGGGCAAGUUUGGGGGCUAGGGAUGUCUGGGUGACUCUGCCUUUCUUGUCCAUCUGUCCAUUGGUUUUGUUUUUCCAAAACCCGUUUGUGUUUGGGAUUCUCGGCAGGGGUGAGCGUGCUCUCCUCCUGCCUGUUGGCUUUUAGCAGCAUUUGUGCACAUCCCCAAGAACGUCUCGGACAAUCCAAAGCUGGUUUGUGUGUGCAUAAUGCACUCCAUGCUGAAAGGGGGGGUUGGAAGGGAGUCCCUUCCAGGAAACUCAGCUGACUCUGCAAGUGAGCAGGACCAGAGUUGGAGCUCUGCUUCUUGGGCCAGGCUCUGAUAAUCAAUCUGUCCCCUCCCCACACACCUGUCCCCAUCCAACAAAGCACACCCCUCUCCCUCCCUCCAUUCAUUCAAACCUCCACUUAAUGGGAAAGCUCCUCCUCCUCUUCACUGGACCUUGGACCUUUCCCCCCUACUUGGACACACUGACGAUUUCCUCUUCCCUAGAUAAUUUUGUUUCCCCCCACCCCACCCCUUAUUUAUUUAUGCCUGCAACAGUUGUCAACAAAAAAUGUGAACUUCUUUUAAGAGGCAAAGAGGGUGUCAGGUUUGAGCUGCCCCCUUUUUCUCCUCUUUGAUUUAUAUAUAUUUUAAAUUGUAUUUAUGCUGCUUUUUUCACUUUUGUUUGUUGAAAAAACGACAUGCAUUUUUUUUACCUAAGCCUGAAGUUUUGUUCCUUUUGAAGUUAAAAGGUUGUACAGCGUGUUUUGCCCAAGCGAGGGUUUAUAAACGAGAAUCCGACUGA